AUUCCAGCCAUUACCACGAGCCCGUCCUCCCCAAUUAAGGUGCCACCAACCUCCUGGGACUGGGUUUAUGAAAUUUGACUCUCCAUGGGAACGAGGGCUUUCCUCCGACCCUCCUCGUCUACAGACACGCCCAUUUGCUGCAGUUGAGCGUCCAUAGCAACAACUCCAUGGGGGGGAAGUGACUGACAGGAGUUUUGAAAUAGUUCCAGUGACACUAAAGUUCUUUAGUGAGGUUUUAGCUAGCUACUUUGCUCUCUCAUGGACGCUAAUAUUUAUAACAACGCUAUGCAGAACAAAGUUGCUUGGAAGUGGCGAGUUAUCGACUACAUGCGAACAUGCUAACGUUAAUUGGGCUAUUUUUGGCUAACGUUAGAUAGCUCGCUAUAAUUAGUAUUAUUGUUUACAUUUUGUAGCUAGCUAGCUAAUGUUAGUUGAGGAUGUCUGCAUCCAUAAAAUCAAGCCCGUCACCUCCUGUCUUACCGAAACCAGAGGGCCGAAGGAUAAAGUCAAGUCAUUCUCUUGUAUCGCCUGUGGAAGAUCAUGACAGAGCCCUUUCAGAACUCCCUGAGCUGAAAGAGAAACAGGUGCCAGUGACAGAUCGAUCAAAGAUGCAGCUUGUCCCGAUGCAGAAUGACUUAAUCCCAGAUGAGCUCCUGGCCACCCUCACCUCAACCAUCUGUCCCCAUGAUAGGCUGGGACCCCCAAAGCUAACCAAGACCCCCAAAGACUUCAAGGUCUAUGGAAUACGACACACGGACGCGGUUUGGCAUCACCCAGUUGGACGCAAGAAAUACAAAUACUUUCUCGACCAACCAACGUCAUUGACUGGAGCGGGCAGGGACAUCUCCUUUUUGUGUGAUUCCAUGGCCUCUCAGAGGGAGAGGAUUCCCCUGCCACCCAUGGCUGACAGGGGCACCACCCACACACAGGGCAUUCAAAAGGACAUGAGCCUUAUGGAGAGCCUCAUCCCAGAGGAAUAUCACAUUGUGAAAAACAAAGGGGUUCAAGGACUGGAGUGCUAUGACGAUAAAUUCACAGUACUGUUGGAGGACGACGAAAGGAUGCUCAAAGUCUUUCCAUCAAUGAGGCCCAGUGGGCGGCUGGAGGCAGUGCAGCUGAUGAAGGUGAUGGAUGAGAUGUUGGACAGAGCAGGGGUCAACCAGGAGUACAGAGCACUGACUGGACUGUCACAGAUGCAAGGCCUUCUAGAGCUGGUGCGUGUGGAACAGAACAUCUACAACAUAGUGUUCCAUGAGCUGAUCAGACAGGUCAGUGUGGAGUGUGCAGAGAGAGGACAGCUCCUGGCUAAGCUCAGACAGAGGUAUGUGGCUCUGUUGGACCGUAUCCCCAGGCAGCUGAAGGGUCUCCACACAGAGACACUGGCCCAGAGAGCUCUGGACCGCAGGCUCACAGAGGAGAUCAUCUGCUUCAGGAGCUCCAUCUCUAAGCUUAACACAGAGCUGUGUAAGAUGAGGGAGCAUGACGAGUAUGUGUCCAAGCAGGCUGAGAGAGCACAGGAGGAGCUGGCCAAGGCUCUGGAACAAUCACAGAAGAACUCUGAUGUGGUGGGAGAGUACCAUGGCCUGUAUGAGAUGCAGAGGAGGAGAUUGGAGGGACAGGUGGCCAGACUGACGGACGAGAGGGACCUGUGGAGCAGAGUCACUUACAACCUGGCCCUCAAGGUGAUCAAGUUGAACAACCUCCAGCUGGCCAGCAGGCUUCACGUCAGUGAGCAGACCUGGACCAAGACUGCUGAGCACUUUACACUCUUCCUGACCUCCAAGGACACAGAAGACUUGAACCAUAUCAUGCAGCUGACAGAGCAGUGGAAGGAGCAGCUGACGUCCUUUGUGCAGAGUCUGAGAGAGGCUGAGCACGGUCACUGUGAGGGGAUAAGUAGCAUACAAGCUGACAUCGUCAAAUGGCACACGUUCGUUGGCGCCAACAUCAGGAGCCCGGAUCCGAAAUUUGAGAAAGUUUCAGAAGAACAGCUUUAUUCAGAUUUGAAACAGUGGUCCAAUGCGUUGACCAUUCAGUGUGAGCGCUACGGGGGCGAAGACCUCCUCUCCUGCCAGGAGACCCUCAACAUGCUGGGCCAGCUGCAGGAGGCCUGGGAGGAGGUGGGCCUCCGGCUCUUCAGGAGACACCCGGCCCCAGACGGCGAGCCCCCCAGGGGCCAGGAGGCCAUGAGGGAGCUGGGCCUGGCCGUGUCGGAGCUCCACAAGCAGCUGGGCACGCGCAUCAACGGCGAGAGUGGAAUCCACAAGCAACUGAUGAGUCUGGUCGGGGUGAUGGAAUUCUGGGCCACCCGACUGAAGGCCCUUGUUGGCCGCACAGAGAGGCUGCCCCACUGUGAUUGGCUGAAGCUGGAGAAGGCCCUGGGUAGCUGGAUGUUGCUGGCGGAGGAGUCCUUGAAGCACGUCCACAGCACCCAGCCUGAGAAUGAGAGGGUCAAGCACAAACCACACGUCCAGAUCGAGAUCAAUGAUGUCUUCAACACUCUCCGGGAGUUCAUCUUGACCCAAGCCAACUUCUUUGACUGUGAGAACCGAAGGCUAUGUGAGGAGGUGAACUCCAUCCACACGGCUCUGACUCGCUGGAUGGUGGACAUGCUCCUCCAGAUGGUCCCAGACCACUGUGACGACCAGGAGCAAGACGCCCUGCCGGGGAUCAACACCACCGCCAUCAUGGAGGUCUCCCUGGAGCAACUAGAGGAAGACGCCAAGAACCUCUCAGAGAAACUGGACUACUUCUCCAAAUAUAUCACCAGCUCUUGUCGGGCCAUUGUGGAGGAGGAGAUUCAGAGGAGCAUGGCUCGGGAUGACUCAGAGAAUGAGCUUUCUGAGCUUAGUAAACUGCAGAGGGAAUGUGGCGAGUGGAUGGAGUCCUGUCGGAUCCUGCUGUCCGACAAGAAGGGCAGUCCCGUGGAGCUGCUCGUCACACUGAAUUUGGUCCAUCGUUCUUUCACGGAACUCCUUCCCUCUGCGAUGCCCAGCAUGGAAUCUCUGAUGAACCUACCGGCAGUUGUCCCACUAGAAGCUUUGGAUGAAGAAGAGGAGCCGAACAAGAAGAGUCCAAUGGAAUUCAUUGAGGUCGUACACAUGGUGGAGGCAGAGUACCCAGAAGAGGCCCUGGAGUGCUCACUGGCCGGCUCUAUUAUGAAGCUGAUAGGCCAUGAUGGUAACAUCAUUGAGCGAACCCUGGGGGAGGAUACUAUUCAGCUGGAUGGGACCGAAGACAUGGUUGCCCGUCCACACACACCUAACGGUCAGAGAGCCUUUGAUGCCCUGGCCACAGUAGGGGUUCUGCAGCACGAGUUACUUGGGGUUGAGGCUCGUGUCCAGCGAGCAGAGGAACGGGCCCUAAAGGCAGAGGAGGCCCUCCAGGCUGCGCUGGAGAAGAUCCAAGAUCUGGAGAGACAGCUACAGGGCAGGCCCAGUCUGGAGGCCAAAGUGAGCAAGCAGUCUGUGGCAGCGUCUCCCAAGUCAAAGGUGUCCAGCCCUGAACCCAAACCAGUGAGUCAGAAGCCUGAGCCUAGCCCCAGACAAACCAAGCCCAAGAAACGCUGAACCCUGAAAACAGUACUGUAGCUUCAGAUGUAAUGUGAAACUCUGCUCCUCUGAAGAUCCAACGUCUUUGUAUUUGACAAACGAAUAAACGCAAAGUGAUGUCUAAGUAUUAUA